UGUAGAGAGUUAGAAGCAUACUCCAAAACAAUCUUGAUCAUUAGUUCCGCUCCAUUUUACCUCUUUCGGAAAAGUUGUUAGUAGUAACAGAGCAGAGCGUCUCAAAACCCUGGUUGCGGGAACCCGCAAAACCCUAGAAAUUGAAUAUUCUCUUUCAUCAAUGGUGAGUAGUUGGAGAAGAAAUCUGGGAAAUGUGUGGUCCUUCGUGGGCAACGCCACGGGAGGUCUCCGAGGCAGAAGCAACCUAGCCUCCUGGGCCGUCGCUGGAACCCUAGCUUACUUUCUCUGGGUCAAGCCCUCCCAAGACCUCAAGAGGGAGCAGGAGGAAAGGGCGGCCAUGGCUGCGGCAUCUGAUCCUUAUCGUUACGUGGAGAAACGGAGACCGAUCCCCGAUCCUCAGGAAACUGGUUUGAUAUAUGGGAACAAGACCAGAACUAAGAAGUCAGAGGAUUAAUUUACUAGAUAUUGCAAAUUUGUAAGUUAGAUUUGCUGAUGCCAAUCAAUUGAGCCUACGCUGCUGAUUUACAAGAUAAGUCUUUAUCAGCACUUGUUAUGUAGUUAGAAUGUCAAUUGUUAACCUGAUAGGUGUAUGUAAAUUGAGAUGGGAGAUGGAAAACCCAGGUGAAACAUCCUUAUUAGUUUCAUCUCGCCGGUUUGGCAUCAAUUUAUUGAUGUUGUCCUACAAACAUUUGUUCAAUAAUGCCUUGUAUCAAUAAUGAGAGAAAAGACAACAAGAUGUAUAAUAUAUAUAUAUAUAUAUUAUUUUUUU